AUGGCUCGAUUAUUGUUGUUGGUGUUAGCAUUUUUCCUCAUGAUGAUGAACAUUAAUAUUCAUCAAAUUUCAGACGCUCAUCCUGAUCUAGUGGUCGUUCCUUACCCAAUUAGCCCCGCGUCUUCGCCAUUACCUGGUGGAGAUAGCGGUGCAGGAGGUGGAGGUGGAGGAGGAGGCGAAGGUGGUACAAAAGGUGGUUAUGGCUAUGGAAGUGGUAGUGGUUCUGGAUGGGGAAGAAGUGGUGGAGGGGGUGGUGGUGGUGGAGGAGGUGGAGGUGGAGGUAGUGAUCGAGGACGAGGUGUUGGAGGAUCAGGCCAAGGUAUUGGUUGUGGUGCGGGUCAGGGUUCUAGUGGUACCGAUGAAAGUGUUCCAAUCCCUAGUCCUAGUGUCAAGCCUUGGAUGACAAGGAAAGUUUUCCCAGGCUUUUACUAG